UAAAAUAUUUCACCAAUAAGGAAGUUGCGCGGGUCGUUGCAGAAAUAUAAUAAGAUUGGAAUGAUUUUGUCAUUGCGAAAUUAAUUCAGUAACGGAGCACGUAAAAUGUACGGAGGAAUCUUAUUGUGCCUUUUCUUGGUGGGAAAUUCUCGCAGUUUGAGUCUAAAGAACAACGACUUAGACAAAGAGCCGUCGACAAAUAACGACUUCCGGACAGGAAAUGGCGAAUGGCAUAUUAACGUGACAAUGCACGUGUAUUCUGGACGUCGGGAUCCAUCAUGGCUUAUUCCGUACUCACAUCCAGCCUAUAACGUCAUUGUUAAAAACAUAAAUGGCAUUCCUACAAAACCACUACCAAGCAAGCUUGGAUAUAAAGGGUUUUCAUUGGUCCACAUAUCCGACGGAGAGAAUUUCGAAAAGAAAAGGUAUUUCAACAGAACUGUGACGUCAUUACCGGAUUGGGAGUUGUAUCUUCUACAAACAUAUCAAGGUGAUGCUGAAGAUCUGAGACUACACGCUAAACAGUCCAUACUGAAAACUGUUGCUAGACGUAAAAGGAGAUCUUUAUACAAUCCUUACAAUGAUUAUGAUUAUGGCUCUUUGUUCUACAAACCUACCACAGUUGAUCCAAUUAACUCACUGUCUAACAGUGACAUGAUGGAGCUUGCAAAGCUAUGGGGAAUCGACAAAAGGUUCAGAAACAUAACUGCGCCACCUCCAUUCCUAGGACCGACUAGGUUCGAGCCUUUUAAAUGGAAUAAGCGUGUCGUGAAGGAACAUAAUAACUGUUAUAAUUAUGCAAACAAUAAAAUCACAGACACGUUUGCGCAGCCAGGUCGUGCCGGUAAUUGCAACAACAUUCUCCUGACAAACGGGACGAAUAUUGAAAAGCUUGCAAAGUGUGAUGGUCUGAGAGCCGUAUUUACUCCAAACAUGAAAAAACUCCCUGACCAUAAAUGGAAUCUUGUAGCACUGGUGUUUUGGCCACCAACACCUGGAAGUGAUUUGUUUGACUUUCACUGGUAUAGGUUAGAUGCUGAUGGACAUUGGUCCCAUAAGCCCGGUAAGACGUCAGCCACAAAUAUAGACCAAAGUGGGAAACCCAUCACAGAUCCUCGGUACGCUGACCGGGGACCAUACACACAAUUUGUGGGUUUUCUGGAGACACGUCUUGAUAAAGUACUUCUCAUCUGAUGUAAAGGCAACAACGUUUUCUCGAGUAUGCUGAGAAUUAAUAUUUCUAACUUUGUUUUCUCGCCUGAGCUUAUACUGAUUGCAUAAAUAUCAGAAACAUGUGGUUUCUCGAUAGUUUAGAUAACCACGAAGUGUAUUUCACAAUAAACUUACAAUUGUGCCUAUUAUUUUCAUUCAAUGCUUAAUUAUUUUAAAAAUGUAUUUGCCAAUCGCCACUUUUUCUGACUUAUGUCAUAAAUAUGUUACGAAAAUCA